AUGUUGUAAACUUUCCUCAAAAAAAAAAAAAAAAAAAGUACAAAAGCUGAAAAAGAAAUUAGAAGCAGAAGAAACAGUGGAAGUAAUUAUUAAACAAUUGAAAAUGGAGGAAAUACAUAGUAGAAAUGUGUGUAGAAAUAUGGGGCUUACAACAGGGACUGAUUCAAAAAUUGUUCAGAAGUGGAUGGAUGGUGUGAAAGACUUCUUGAUGACAGAGAAGGCUGUUCAGGUAGAUACUGAAGGACUUCAAAGACAACUUGACCAGUGCACAAUGUUUGUCAAUGAAAUGGAGACGAUUGAACCAUCACUGAAAGAGAUGAAAGAAGUAGAGUCUGCCUUACGAGCUCAGCCUAUUGCAGGCAUAAAUACCUGGGCAAAGUCCAGGCUAGUGGACUGCCAGACUCAGUGGGAGAAACUGAGCAAACAGAUUGUUAGUCAGAAAAAUCGCCUGUCUGAAAGUCAGGAGAAAGCUGUAAAUCUGAAGAAGGAUUUGGCAGAGAUGCAAGAAUGGAUGACCCAAGCUGAAGAAGAAUAUUUGGAGAAAGAUUUUGAAUACAGAUCCCCUGAAGAGCUAGAGAAUGCAGUGGAGGAAAUGAAGAGAGCGAAGGAGGACGUGUUGCAGAAGGAGGUGCGGGUGAAGAUUCUCAAAGACAACAUCAAGAUGCUGGCUGCCAAAGUGCCAUCUAGCGGUCAGGACCUGGCGACCGAGCUGAACGUCGUGCUGGAGAACUACCAGCUGCUGUGCAAUCGAAUCCGAGGGAAAUGCCACACUUUGGAGGAGGUGUGGUCCUGUUGGAUUGAGCUGCUUCAAUAUCUUGAUUUAGAAACAGCUUGGCUAAACAAUCUGGAAGAAAGGGUGCAAAUGACAGAAAGUCUGCCUGAUAAGUUGGAUGCGGUCAAUGAUGCUCUUGAGUCCCUGGAAUCAGUCCUGCGUCAUCCAGCCGAUAAUCGAACCCAGAUUCGGGAACUUGGGCAGACAUUGAUUGAUGGAGGGAUUCUUGAUGAUAUCAUCAGUGAAAAAUUGGAGGCUUUCAAUGCCCGCUAUGAGGAAUUGAGUCACUUGGCAGUGAGCCGGCAAAUCGCCUUGGAGCAGCAGCUUCAGACCAUGCGAGAAACCGACCACAUGUUGCAGGUCUUGCAGGAAAACUUACUGGAGCUGGAUAGACAACUGACAUCUUACCUGACUGACAGGGUUGAUGCCUUUCAGAUGCCUCAGGAAGCCCAGAAAAUUCAAGCUGAGAUUGCAGCUCAUGAAUCCACCUUAGAGGACUCAAGAUCUUUCCCUCCUGCUUCUUCUGAAUGCAGGUCUCCUCGUGGUGGAACUCAGCUGGAUGCUUUGCAGCGAAAACUCCGUGAGGUAUCUACAAAGUAUCAGCUGUUCCAGAAACCAGCCAACUUUGAGCAGCGCAUGCUGGAUUGCAAGAGGGUGUUGGAUGGAGUAAAAGCAGAGCUUCAUGUCUUGGAUGUGAAGGAUACGGACCCAGAGGUAAUCCAAGCUCAUCUGGACAGCUGCAUGAAACUCUAUAAGACCCUCAGUGAGGUGAAAUUGGAGGUUGAAACUGUCAUCAAGACAGGAAGGCAAAUUGUACAGAAACAACAGACAGAUAAUCCCAAAGGGAUGGAUGAACAACUGACAGCAUUGAAAUAUCUUUACAAUGACUUGGGGGCACAGGUGACAGAAGGAAAACAAGACCUUGAAAGAGCAUCCCAGCUGGCACGCAAAAUGAGGAAAGAGGCUACCUCUUUGUCAGAGUGGCUAGCUACCACUGAGGCUGAGCUCGUCCAGAAGUCCACUUCAGAGAGCUUGCUUUCUGAUCUAGAUACAGAAAUUGCAUGGGCCAAAAAUGUGCUGAGAGAGCUGGAGAGGAGGAAAGCUGAUCUGAAGAGCAUCACGGAAAGCUGCACUGCCCUCCAGGCUCUGGUGGAAGGGAGCGAGAGCUCCCUGGAGGAGAAGCUGUGUGUCCUUAACGCUGGCUGGAGCAGAGUUCGGACCUGGACUGAGGACUGGUGUGACACCUUGUUGAAUCAUCAGAGCCAGCUGGAAAUUUUUGAUGAAAAUGUUGCCCACAUAAGUACUUGGUUGUACCAGGCUGAAGCCCUACUGGAUGAGAUUGAGAAAAAGCCAGCAAGCAAAAAGGAGGAAACUGUGAAGCGCUUAACGUCUGAAUUAGACGACGUCAGUCUCCGCGUGGACAACGUGCGUGACCAGGCAAUCAUCCUCAUGAACGGGCGGGGGGUGUCGUGCCGUGAACUCGUUGAACCCAAACUGGCAGAACUGAACCGUAACUUUGAGAAGGUCUCUCAGCACAUCAAAAGUGCUAAGAUGCUUGUUGGACAAGAACGGCUUCCUGUUAUGUCAGAGCCCCAUGAAGUCAGAGUAGCUUUUCCAGAUCUGGAAAAAUUUGAGAGUGACGUACAGAAUAUGUUAAAAGUUCUGGAAAAGCAUCUGGAGUUGAGCGGGGAAGAUGAAAAGCUGGAUCAAGAAAGAGCUCAGAUUGAAGAAGUUUUGCAGAGAGGAGGGCAGUUGUUACAGCAGCCUAUGGAGGACCAUAAGAGAGAGAAGAUCCGUAUACAGCUCUUGCUUCUGCAGAAAAAGUACAACAGUGUGCAGGAGUGCAGGUCAUUUCAAAGGAGACAGGUGUUGGAACUAUCUCCAGUGUUUUCCCAGUAUAAGAAGGAACAUGACAGUCUAAUGAAGUGGCUGGAUGAGGCUGAGCACCGUCUGUCAGGGCAGCAAGGUAUUGAAGAAGAACAAAAACUGCAGGCAAUCCCUGUCCAGCAGAGGUUAAAAGGCCACUUUACAGCAGGGCUUAGGACCUUGCCUUUUUCCACUGAAUACUUGGUUGAAAUCAACAAAGUCUUGCUGGCCAUGGCAGAUGUCGAACUGCUGCUGAAUGCACCUGAGCUAAAUACUGGCAUCUAUGAGGACUUUUCAACUCAGGAAGAUUCUCUAAAGAAUAUAAAAGACAUCAUGGAUAAACUUGGAGAUCAAAUUGCAGUCAUACAUGAGAAGCAGCCCGAUGUUAUAUUAGAAGCAUCUGGGCCUGAGGCGAUACAAAUAGGAGACGCGUUAACCCAGCUGAACGCAGAGUGGGACAGAAUUAAUAGAAUGUACAAUGAUCGUAAGUGUUGCUUUGAUAGAGCGAUCGAGGUGUGGAGGCAGUUCCACUGUGAUCUCAACGACCUCUCCCACUGGAUAACGGAAGCUGAAGCGCUGCUAGCCGAUGCCCGUGGGCCAGAUGGCAGCUUGGAGCUACAGGCAGCUGGGCUGCAUCAGCAGGAACUUGAAGAGGGAGUCAGCAGCCAUCAUGCCAGUGUUUCAGCAUUGAACAAGACUGGGGAGGGGAUCAUACAGAAACUGUCUGCUACAGAUGGGAGCUUCCUACAGGAGAAGCUGGCGGGACUGAAUAGACGCUGGAAAGCAAUCACCACAGAGGUCAUGGAGAGACAACAGAGGCUGAAAGGAGAGAAUCAGCAGCUGAUAGAGUACAGAAAGAAGAUUGAUGAGCUGCGUUUCUGGUUAGAAAAUGUAGAAAAUGCUUUGGAUACGAGAUUUACAUUCAACCAUGAAGAAAACUUGCAAGAAUUACAGGUCUUAAGUGAAGAAAUGGAAGUACAGGGAGACCAACUGGAAUGGCUGAACAAAACUGAACCUGAAGUGCUUUUGGAUAAAAAUGUUGAUCUUCAGGAAAAAGACAAACUUUCUGAUUGCCUGCAGUCCCUCAAUGUGAGGUGGAAUAAGGUGUUCAAAGAAGUGCCUGACAGAGUAAGAGAACUGGAGGCAUUUGUUGGGCAGUCUCAUCUUGUUAGACAGACAAAGCCUUCUGAUGUCCAAAAGGUGGUGCUAGUAUCUUCUUCCUUGGAGAUUCCUGUUCAGAGUCAGCAGGCUUUGGAACUUUCUGCACCUGCUGAUCUGGAUAAAACUACAACAGAGCUGGCUGACUGGUUGGUAUUGAUUGACCAGAUGCUCAAGUCAAACAUAGUCACCGUGGGAAAUGCUGAGGAGAUCAAUCGGACUAUUGCACGAAUGAAAAUAACAAAGGCAGAUUUGGACCAGCGGCACCCUCAGCUUGAUUCUGUUUUUACUUUGGCUCAGAAUUUGAAAAAUAAAACUUCCAGUUCAGAUAUUAGGACAGUGAUCACAGAAAAAUUGGAGAAGGUGAAGAACCAGUGGGACAACACCCAGCAUGGCGUGGAGGUGCGACAGCAGCAGCUGAAGUACAUGCUGACAGACAGCGUGCAGUGGGAGAAGCAGAGGCAGGAAAUGGAGCACCUCAUGGAGCAGUGUGAGAUCCGUCUACGUAUGCUCCUGCAGGCCCCAAAAGACACACUUGCCAAACAGAUUUCAGACAACAAAGUGUUAGUACAGGAUUUGCAUAGAGGUGACAUCACAGUCGCUGCCUUCAAUGAUCUUUCUAAUAAACUUCUUCGAGAGUAUCGUGAUGAUGACACAAGGAGGGUGAAGGAAACCACUGACCAAAUGAACACUUGUUGGGUUAAUCUGAACCAAAGAGCUGUUGAUAGGCAGAAUUUCCUGGAGACAGAGCUGAAGGCAAUACAGGCCUCACACAAGGAUCUGGAGAGCUUCCUCAAGUGGCUUCAAGAGGCAGAGACGACAGUUAAUGUUCUAGCAGAUGCAUCCCAGCGUGAGAACACUGCUCAGGACAGUGCCUGCGUAAGGGAACUCAGAAAGCAGAUGCAGGACAUCCAAGCUGAGAUUGAUGCCCACAAUGACAUCUUUAAAAGCAUUGAUGGAAACAGACAGAAGAUGGUGAAAGCCUUGGGAAACUCUGAGGAAGCUGCUCUGCUCCAGCACCGGCUUGAUGACAUGAAUCAGCGCUGGAAUGACCUGAAGGUGAAGUCAGCUAACAUCAGGGCUCACCUGGAGGCCAGUGCAGAGAAAUGGAACAGAUUGCUGACAUCCCUGGAAGAGUUAAUCAUGUGGCUGAAUGCGAAAGAUGAAGAACUAAAAAAGCAAAUGCCCAUUGGAGGGGAUGUUCCAACCUUACAGAAACAGUUUGACCACUGCAAAGCACUGAGGCGUGAACUGAAGGAUAAAGAGCAAACCAUUCUCAAUGCUGUUGACCAAGCACGAGUUUUCCUUGCUGACCAACCAAUUGAGGGGCCUGAAGAACCAAGAAGGAGCUUGCAUUCGAAAACAGAGCUGACCCCUGAGGAGAAAGCCAUGAGGAUUGCCAAAGCUAUGCGUAAGCAGUCAUCAGAGGUGAAGGAGAAAUGGGAGAACCUCAAUGCCAGUGCCAGUAUCUGGCAGAAGCAAGUGGACAAAGCAUUAGAAAAACUGAAAGACCUGCAGUGUGCCAUGGAUGACCUCGAUGCUGACUUGAAGGAGGCUGAAAAUGUGAGGAAUGGCUGGAAACCUGUGGGAGACUUGCUCAUAGAUUCAUUACCAGAUCAUAUUGAGAAAACUACAGCUUUUAGAGAAGAAAUUGCUCCCAUCAACUUGAAAGUUAAAACAGUGAAUGACUUAUCUAGUCAGUUGUCUCCACUUGACCUUUAUCCAUCAUUAAAGAUGUCUCGUCAACUAGAUGAUCUUAAUAUGCGGUGGAAACUUUUACAGGUGUCUGUAGAGGAUCGCCUUAAACAGUUACAGGAGGCACACCAAGAUUUUGGGCCUGCAUCACAGCACUUCCUUUCCACCUCAGUACAAUUUCCAUGGCAGAGGUCUGUUUCACAUAACAAAGUGCCCUAUUACAUCAAUCAUGAGACACAGACAACCUGUUGGGAUCAUCCUAAAAUGACUGAUCUAUUCCAGUCCUUGGCUGACUUGAACAACGUACGCUUCUCUGCCUACCGUACGGCCAUCAAAAUCCGAAGACUGCAGAAAGCACUGUGCUUGGACCUGUUGGACCUGAACACAACAAGUGAAGUUUUUAAACAGCACAAAUUGAGUCAAAAUGACCAACUUAUUGGUGUCCAGGAUGUGAUCAGCUGUCUCACUACCAUCUACAGUGGACUUGAGGAGAAACACAAGGAUAUGGUGAAUGUUCCUCUCUGUGUAGACAUGUGUCUUAACUGGCUACUCAAUGUAUAUGAUAGUGGCCGAACUGGAAAAAUUCGAGUGCAGUCCUUGAAAAUCGGGUUGAUGUCUCUUUCUAAGGGCCUUCUGGAAGAGAAGUACAGACAUCUCUUCAAGGAGGUGGCAGGCCCUACAGAAAUGUGUGACCAGAGACAGCUGGGUCUGCUGCUCCAUGAUGCUAUCCAGAUCCCACGGCAGCUUGGGGAAGUGGCAGCCUUUGGUGGCAGCAACAUUGAACCCAGUGUGCGCAGCUGCUUCCAACAGAAUCACAAUAAGCCAGAAAUAACUGUAAAGCAAUUUAUAGAUUGGAUGCACUUAGAGCCACAGUCCAUGGUGUGGCUACCAGUUCUGCACCGUGUGGCAGCUGCAGAAACAGCAAAACAUCAGGCCAAAUGCAACAUCUGUAAAGAGUGUCCAAUUGUUGGCUUUAGGUAUCGGAGCUUAAAACAUUUCAACUAUGAUGUCUGUCAGAGCUGCUUCUUUUCUGGCCGUACAGCAAAGGGGCAUAAAUUGCAUUACCCAAUGGUGGAGUAUUGUAUACCUACAACAUCUGGGGAAGAUGUCCGGGACUUCACAAAGGUGCUGAAGAAUAAGUUCCGUUCAAAGAAGUAUUUUGCAAAGCAUCCCCGACUUGGCUACCUACCUGUGCAAACAGUUUUGGAGGGUGACAACCUGGAGACUCCUAUCACUCUCAUCAGUAUGUGGCCAGAGCAAUAUGAUCCUUCCCAGUCUCCACAGCUGUUUCAUGAUGACACACACUCCAGGAUAGAGCAGUAUGCUACUAGGCUCGCCCAGAUGGAGAGGACCAAUGGCUCAUUCCUCACGGACAGCAGCUCCACCACAGGAAGCGUAGAGGAUGAGCAUGCCCUUAUCCAGCAGUAUUGUCAGACACUGGGAGGAGAGUCGCCUGUGAGUCAGCCACAGAGUCCUGCUCAGAUACUCAAGUCAGUGGAAAAAGAAGAGCGAGGGGAGCUGGAGCGCAUCAUUGCUGACCUUGAGGAAGAGCAAAGAAAUCUCCAGAUAGAAUACGAGCAACUAAAGGAGCAACACCUCCAGAGAGGAAUAAACCCUCUUGCAUCACCUCCUGACUCUGUUGUGUCACCCCAGCAUGCUUCUGAAGAUGCUGAGCUCAUUGCUGAAGCUAAACUCCUGAGGCAACAUAAAGGUCGCCUGGAAGCAAGAAUGCAAAUAUUGGAAGAUCACAAUAAACAACUGGAGUCUCAGCUUCACCGGCUACGGCAGCUACUUGAGCAGCCUGAGUCAGACUCACGGGUUAAUGGCACCUCCCCCUGUGCUUCGCCCCAGCACUCUGCCCUCAGCUACCCACUUGAGCAAGAAAAAAGCUCACAGUUUCAUCACACAGAUGACUUGUUAGUUCCACCUCAUGAUACCAACACAGAUCUAACAGAUGUCAUGGAGCAAAUCAACAACACAUUUCCAGCUUGUUGCUCAAGUUUCACCGGCAGACCACAGGCAAUGUGAAGUGUUAAUUUGGACAUUGAGGAGUGCUUCCUGACGUGCAGCACAGCCCUUUUCUACAAACCAUCAACUGCGAGUUCCACUUCAUCAGAAGGCUGCAUGGGACCCUGGAACAUGCUGUUCACUCUGGCUGCGUGUUCUACUUGAAAUAGUAAAACACUGAAUACCCAAAGACGAGGAUGUUGUCUUUAUAAUAUCUUUUUUUUUCUUCUUCUUCUUCCCUUUCUAUGCAACUGUAAAUUAAUGAGCAGUGGAGUAUUUGUCACUGAUUUGUAUAAAUAUACAGCCGCGGGAAAAGGGGCAGGGGCUUUAUAUACGUUCCUUUUGAUAAUCCUAAAGAGAACUGCAUAAGGAGUUUGGAGCAAAAUGUUACAUUUAUACAUUCCUUUCAGCUCUUUGCUUUUACAUUGUAAAAUACCCUUAGUUAUAUUCUCACACAUUUAGUAUUCUGUACUGAUUAUUUAUAUGCUAAACAUCGGACCACCGAGAUUUCAGAAUACCCUUGAAUUGUCUUC